CAGCGGCUCGGAAGUCUGGACCUGCACGAACUCCAAGCCAUUGCAUCCGCCGUAUAUCAAACCUGCAGUCAGGUUGAUGUAAAUGCUUCCAUCAGAUUUCAUUGGUGUCCACUUCGGGCUUUCCCAAAACGGGCAACAGAAUCCCUCGUUUUGCCAAGCAUCUUAUCAGCUUGGUAUCAAGGUUCUGACAAACAUUUGUUGCAACAUUUCGGAGUUCUCCCAUAAGAGCUUGCUUGAGUUUAAGCACUAGAACAUGGAAUCUCGUUGCCAAGUUGCUUGGCUUUACGAAAAGAGUAUGGAAAGUGUCCACUACGAUAAGAAAUGUUCAUUGAGCGCCGGCGAAAGGGUUCGAAGUGAGAUCCACUGUGAAGGUGGGAUGGGUACAAAAGGGUACCUCCCUUCGUCGCGCUUUGCGCGCCCUGCAGCUUGAGGUAAACAGGUAGCUUUUGUUGUCACGAGUCUGAGUACUUGAGUUUCCUAAGAUGAGCACUUCGCCCAGCUUCAAUACGUCUGAGCCUAAGGGCGGAGAUCCCCUUCUUGUCGAUGUAAAUGCUCAAUAUGCCGGAUUUGAGUACCAUUACACGUAUCUCAUUUUCUGCGGUUUCAUCGUCUGGUUGAUCAUCCCUGGAAUUGGUCUUCUCUAUGGCGGACUUGCACGUCGCAAGUCUGCUCUAGCCUUGCUAUUUCAGAGCUUGAUGGUUGCUGCAGUCACCACAUUCCAAUGGAUGUUCUGGGGGUAUAGCUUGGCUUAUUCUCGAACGGCUGGACCUUUCAUUGGAGACCUGGCGAAUUUCGGAAUGAAAAAUGUUAUGGCUGCUCCAAGUCCUGGUAGCGCGGUCAUUCCCGAGAUCGUCUUCUGCUUAUACCAAUUGUUGUUCUGUGCUUGCACUGUACAGAUCGUAAUUGGUGGUGCCUUCGAACGAGGACGUAUCAUCCCAUCGCUAGUGUUCGGUUUCUGGUGGGCUACAGUCGUCUAUUGUCCCAUUGCCUGCUGGACUUGGAAUAGCAACGGAUGGCUCUACCAGCUCCCAUCUCUAGACUUUGCCGGAGGUGGACCAGUCCACAUAUCUUCAGGUUGGUCGGCAUUAGCUUAUGCGUUCGUCCUCGGCAAGCGCAAGCACCAUGGCGACAAGGCUCAUGGAAAACCUCACAACACGACCCUCGUCUUCCUCGGCACAAUUCUGAUCUGGUUCGGAUGGUUUGGUUUCAACGGUGGCAGUACGCUCAAUGCCACUGUCCGAGCUAUGCUGGCCGCUUUCAACACAAAUACCGCUGCUUCAACGGGAAUGAUUGGAUGGGUUAUGGUUGACUACAUCAAGCACAGAAAAUUCAGCGUUGUGGGAGCAUGCGAAGGUGCCAUUGCAGGACUCGUCGGUAUUACUCCUGCGGCAGGUUUUGUUGGAGUCUGGCUUGCUGCAGUAAUUGGAUUUGUCACUGCAGUUGUUUGUGCUUUACUUCAGGACUUGAAUGAGUGGCUUCAUCUCGAUGAGGGUCUUGAAGUUUUCAAACUUCACGGCAUUGGUGGCAUGGUGGGGAGUUUCUUGACUGGGAUUUUUGCUUCCGAGACCAUCAGCAUGCUCGAUGGCGCGUCUUCAGCACCGGGCGGUAUCGACGGCAACGGAAUCCAAGUCGGCAAGCAAUUUGCCGAAAUUACUGCCAUCUCAGCCUACUCAUUCAUUGUCUCUUGCGCUCUUCUCUAUAUCUUGAAGUACAUCCCCGGCAUGCACUUGCGCGUUGACGAAGACGCCGAAAUGAAGGGUUUAGAUCUCGACCAGUUCUUCGAUGAGCAGAUUGGUGACUGGGGCAUGUUCGAUGAAUUGGAAAGAAGGAAGGCGGAGCUUGAGAUCAGCUCGCCCGGUACCCCUCAAGUACAGGAAAUUCAGGAACCAGUUGGUGCUAAGGACGCUGAGAAGAAAGCGUAGGAAAGUGAAUUGGUGAAUCUGAGGUUAGCAACACAAACUGUAGAACAAUAUUGCCUUAUGUCCCAAUAUAUAAUAUACGGUCGAUGUGACAAAUGGGGAAGUUCAGAG